AUGGAAAUGGAACCAAAACUUCCGACAGCCCAGCACAAGAAACAGGCUAUGGCGGAUAAGGCGGAACCGCCAGGCUAUGAUAUGAUUGCCCAUGCUGAAAGCCAGUUGAUAGUUUCGAAAGCAAGUCGCGUCCAGAGGAGGAUCCUGCGUAAACAAGGUCUGAUCAGCCACUCACACGUAGAAAUUGUCUGGUGGAAACGUGAGGAAGGGGCCGUCAACAAUCGCUCCUCCGCUGUGACUGGCCCAGCCUUGUUCCUGGCGCCCAUGCUAGCGCAUCUUGGUGCGAGCCUUGGCAAAAAAGUAUUUGAAGGCGAAGGAGAAAGCUUUCACUCUCUUUCUUCCACUCCUCCAACUCCCAUCAACAACACCACGAUAACCACGCCUCGUUCUCUUACUGCUUCCUCCCUGGAGAAGCUCAAGAUGAACGACUCGCCUAUCAAGCCCCUCAAGUUGGACCACGCGGACAAGGAGAAUGUUCCUGUCUCUUCGCAUGUUGCUGAGCCAGAGCUGAAGAAGGUCGAGAUUGAGGCCUCAAAGCCUGCUGAGACCCAGGUUGUCAAACCCAAGACGCCCAAGGAGCUGGAGGCAGAGGAGCCCCUCCUCCAGGAGAAUCCUCAGCGUUUUGUUCUUUUCCCGAUCAAAUACCGCGAGAUCUGGCAAAUGUACAAGAAAGCUGAAGCUUCUUUCUGGACUGCCGAAGAGAUUGAUCUCUCCAAGGAUAUUCACGACUGGAACAACAGGCUCAAUGACGAUGAACGAUUCUUUAUCUCCCACGUCCUGGCUUUCUUCGCCGCCUCCGAUGGCAUCGUUAAUGAGAACCUCCUUGAACGUUUCAGCAACGAAGUCCAGGUACCGGAAGCUCGAUGCUUCUAUGGCUUCCAGAUCAUGAUGGAAAACAUUCACUCCGAAACAUACUCUCUCCUCAUCGACACAUAUAUUAAGGAACAGAAGCAACGAACCUACCUUUUCGAAGCUAUUGAUACAAUUCCAUGCAUCCGCAAGAAGGCUGAUUGGGCCAUCCGAUGGAUCCAAGAUAAGGAUUCCACCUUCGCACAGCGCCUUGUUGCCUUUGCUGCUGUCGAGGGUAUUUUCUUCAGCGGUUCCUUCGCCUCCAUAUUCUGGCUGAAGAAGCGUGGUCUCAUGCCCGGACUCACCUUCUCCAACGAACUUAUCUCCCGUGAUGAAGGUCUCCACACUGAUUUUGCCUGCCUUCUGUUCUCUCACCUCAACUAUCGUCCCGACCCCAGUGCCGUAGAGGCCAUCAUCACUGAAGCAGUCACCAUCGAGCAGGAGUUCUUGACUGAUGCCCUCCCCUGUGCCCUUCUCGGCAUGAACGCUAAGCUCAUGUGCCAGUACAUUGAGUUCGUUGCCGAUAGACUUCUCGUUGCUCUUGGUAACAAGAAGUUCUACAACACCACCAACCCCUUCGACUUCAUGGACAACAUCUCCCUUGCUGGCAAGACCAACUUCUUUGAGAAGCGUGUUGGAGAUUACCAGAAAGCUGGUGUCAUGGCCAGUACCAAGAAGGAAGAGGACUCUUCUGAAGAACCCGAAAACGGCGGCGCUUUCCGAUUCGACGAGGAUUUCUAA